UUGCAGGUUCUUGUCAACAUAGGAAACUAUUUCACACUGGAAUCCGUCUUUCUUUGUCCCCGGAAAGGAAUCUACAGCUUUAACUUCCACGUUAUUAAAGUGUACCAGAGCCAGACUAUACAAGUGAAUUUAAUGCUGAAUGGAAAGCCAGUGAUCUCUGCCUUUGCCGGUGACAAAGAUGUGACGCGGGAGGCCGCCACCAAUGGAGUCCUGCUGCACCUCAACAAAGAAGACAAGGUUUAUCUGAAACUGGAGAAGGGCAAUCUGGUAGGCGGAUGGCAGUACUCCACCUUUUCUGGCUUUCUUGUUUUCCCUCUGUAAAGCAAACAGAAAGACCUCCAUCUUUGCUGUCCAAUUGUCAUUGUGUAACCGGUCUUUCAGCAUUUAUUGGAGGAUCUCAAAUGGAAUCAUAAUUCCAGACAUUCAUUCAGCUGUUGUCAGUACAGACUACUGGAAAAAAGCAACAGUGACGGUGAAUCUGGAGAGAGGACAUCUUCUUCAGUGCAAUAUCGCUUUCUCCUGCAAGUCGUUCUUCGUGUCUCCAGGAGGUUCAGCACAUCUUUUCAGACUCUUUGUUUGUUUUGUUGUAGAUGUUUGUGUUGCUUUUCUUUAGCGUGUGGUUUUUAAUGAAAUGAGGAAUCCUGAUCAUAAUCUCUUAAUAUGGACAUUUCCUCACAGAAAGGAAAUGCAUGAAACAUUCUGGCCAAUUGAGGGUUCAAUAUAAAAAAAAGGCGAUAUGUUAUAGUAAUUAAUAAUUAAUCAAUUAUAUAAUCGCAGAUGCAAUUUAACUUUCAGCCCUAUAGAAGAUGUAGAUGAGUUUUUUGUUUGUUUAUCAGAGCAGAUUUGUAGAAAUCUAGCAUCACAUCACUUGCUCAGCAAUGGAUGUUCUUCAGUGAAUGGGUGCCGUCAGAAUGAGAGUCCAAGCAAUAAUACACAAGUAAUCCACACCACUCCAGUCCAUCAGUUAAUGUUGUUUUGUGAAGUGAAAAGCUGCAUGUUUUUAAUAUACAAAUUCAUCACUUAAGCGUUUUUAACAUCAAACCAUUGCUUCCGGUUCAUAUACAAGUCCAUAAUCCAUAACACUUUUUCCGGUGAAUAAGUGUCUCGUCCGAAUGAUCAAAACACUGUACUAACACCAUUUACAAACAAAAAUAGUUUUAAACAUGUGUCAGUGGAUUUUGAUGUGAGAAAAAAAAUGGACAAGGAACUUUCCACUGAAGGAAGAAUGGUUGAUGAGCUCACAUUUUGGUCAAAAUCUACCGUUUAGGGUUAAAAUGCCUGAAAGGGUUAGUUCACCCAAAAUGAAAAUUCUGUUAUUAAUUAUUCAGCCUCAUGUCGUUCCACACCCGUAAGACCUUUGUCUAUCUUUGGAAUACAAAUAAAUAUAUUUUUGAUGACCCAAAUGUUGUCAGAUUUCCUUCCAUUAACUGCCUUUGAAACUUCACCUUUGAUGCUUCAAAAACUUCAUAAAGACAUCAGAAAACUAAUCCAUAUGAAUCAAGCGGUUUAGUUCAAAUGUUCUGUAAAUAAUUUUUUUUUUUUUUUUUAUGAUGAACAGAUUUAAUAUAGACUUUUACUUGAAUGUAAACAUUGUUCUGUAUAUGUACAUAAGCAGCAGCUCAUCUGAACCUGAAUAACACACAAGAACGGAGCUCUUCCAGAAGCUCAAACGUUCAGCGUAACACACAUGAAGAGGAGUAAUUAAUGACAGGAUUUUUAUUUUGGGGUGAACUGACCCUUUAAUGAUAAAUGUGUUUCUUACAAACAUUCAGGUUUUCACUUCAUAAGAUGUUCAUUGAUGGACUGGAGUGGUGUGGAUUAUUGUGAUGUUAUGAUCAACUGUUUGGCUGUUCGGCACCCAUUCACUGCAGAGCAUCCGUUGCUGAGCAAGUGAUGCAAUGCUACACUUUUCCAAAUCUGUUCCCAUGAAGAAACAAAUUCAUUUACAUCUAGGAUGGCCCGAGGGUGAGCAAAUUUUCAUUUCAUUUUUGGGUGAACUAUUCCUUUAACUGUUAAAUGGCGAACCUAUUAGCCUGACACAAUGUUUUAAUUUAAAGGUGUUUCCAUUUGUUUCCAUCCAUCAUGGUGGCAGUAAUACAUCAAAUGAAACAAAAGAACAUUAUAAUGGCUAGGUUUCUCAAUGUGCUCCAUACUUUCUACAUUUCAAAAACAUUAUAAGUAUUGUCUUCUCCAAACUCCAAGAUUGCAAGAUGGAGAUUUGCGCUGUGAAAAUCACACCAGACAGCUUGUUUUUCGGGUUGCAUUUGUGACAUUACUUGAUUUUGCAUAGUUCCUUUGGUCAGUCGGGUGCUAAAACAACACAGCGUGUAAAUAAACGUGGGUGCAAUUCUUUCUUAACUUGCCUUGUAAAGAAAAGGGAGGUUAUGUUUUUGUUUUCUUGUUAAAAAUGCCAGGAUCGUCUCAACAGGAAAAUAUGAAACGUAAUUAUUGAUUUCCAUCCUGCAAUAAUAAAAAGCUCAUUUUCACUGUUAAGAGGUGUUAAAAGGAAUAUUUGUGUGAUCCAUUCAGUGAUUUCACGUCGAGUGUUACAGCACAGUUUGAUUCAACAGAGUCUUUGACAGCAUAUGACAAAGCAUCAUGGGGAGGUGGAAAGGUGUCAAUUAGCUCAGACAAGCUGCUGUAAUACCCUUCAGUUAACUCUAUUAGAAAGUGAACAGUGCAUCACCGCACCAUUCAUAUGCUUUUAGAAUUACUGGCUGUCAAUCUUGAGUCUUUUAUACUGUGUGGAAGAAGUUACAGCAGAACUGUAGUACACUAGA